AUGGCUUCGCAUUUACGACUGCGCCUGGUGGUUCGUCGCAACGGCCUUCCUGAGACAAAUAUUAUCUGGCCUGUUCCUUUGGAGAACAAGCCUACCAUUGCAAAGCUCCUUGAAGAUGUUAAUCAAAUUCUGCCUUUGGAAAGCGCGGAUUGGGGCCUGGAAGAUUAUGCGGUCGAGCUCAAAGGCAGCGACGGUGUCUACUUUGAGUGUUUGCACUUUCAGCCUGUACAGAGUGUCUUGAAGGAGGAUGAUCAAGUCUUCAUCCGGCCACUCUUCACAGACGACAUCCGACGACGCCGAGUGAGCGGGCGCCACCAGAUAUCAAACGAUGGAAGGCAUUUGAUUGAUGGCCUGGCAUUUGGAAGGCCUUUGCUUGGGGCACCAAGAGGUCGACCAGUCUUUGACAUUCCGCCUCGAAAGCGACGGCGCGUCGGACCUACAGAACAAGAUGACUUGGACGAGGAUGAUGAAGAUGAUGCAGAUUACGGCGAGCCACAAGAGGAGCAGGAGCCGAUGCUACUUCUCACCAAUGGAGAAGAUCAGAUCCCGAGUCGCAGAAAGAGCGUGAGGAUAGCGGCUGACUUUGAUAAUCUGGACUCUGACAACGAUCUUGGCAACGAGAACGACGAGGAGAUCGAAGAUGAGCAGCUCGAAGACGAUGUCUCAAUGGAGCACACUUCCGAGGAAGACGAGGAUGAUGACAUGGAAUACGAGCAAGACGAAGCCGAAGACGACCUGGAAAAAGAGCUCGAAGACCUCCAGAGCAGCGCCGAAGAAGACCAUGUACAAAACGACGAGGAAAUCCCCGUCUCGAAAAGUUCUGCCAACAAUGAAACCAGGCAGACAAGUCGUCGGGCUUCCCGUGCCACAGCGAAAGAGAACGACACUACCAGUGCAGAGCCUACUGGUCAACGGGUGGCUGGUGAGAAACCCAAGGAUGAAGUCGGUGCUCUUCUCACCGCAUUCCCGACGGCGCCUGUUCAAGUCUGCCGCGAGGUCCUGGCGGCAGAAGUGGGAGAUUUGCGAAAGUCUUAUCUUACAUUGUCGCAGGCUUUUGCGCCAAAGUUGCCAGAGUCUGAGCUUCUGAAGCGUUGGCGAAACAGAGAUGAUCAUUCUGCCGAGGAGAGUAACGAAGGUUCUGUUGAAGAGGACGGAGUCGCUGAUGGAGACGUUGGUGGCGACGAGGAUUUGGAAGAAGACGAGGACGACGAUGAAGAUGAUGAUGACGAAGUCACGCCAUUCAUUCGACGUUUUGAUCGCCAAGGCUUACCCCCUGGAUCCAUCUCGUCUGGGAAUGCCUUGAAAGCUAUGGCUGCAAUAUCCAAGUCAUUCGAGACCGAUAAAUCUGACAGUAAUAGCAAGUCUACGUCGCAAACUCUCACCAGUGGCAGGCUCAGUUUCGAGGAGCCUGGAAAAGCCAAGUCCGCCGAGGAUGAGGAGGAAACGUCAAGCAGCGGCACCAGCUCGAGUUCCGAGGAGGGCGAAGUAAAUGACGAGUCGUCAUCGGAUGAUGCCUCUUCUAGUGAUGAGCAAUCUGGCGGCGAUGGCGAUGCGGCCAAGGGCAAAGGCCCCGAAGCUUCAGAUACGAGCAGCAGCGAUGACGACAGCGAUAGUGACAGCGACAGUGCCCCUGAAGAACGAUCAGCAAAAACUGGCGCCAUCACUCGGGGUCAGAGAUCAUUAGGCAACGCACUCGGACCAACCAGUCCGGUUGCUAGUUCUAGCAGCAGCGAGGAUUCUGAUGCGGACGAUGAAACAUCUUCAGAUGACAGUUCCGAAGACGACAGCAGCGAUGAAGAUACAAGCUCUGAAUCUGACAGUGAAGAAACAGAAAUGUCAGAGGAAAAGGCAGGGCCAAAUUCGAAAUCGGCACCGGCUAUACCAAGUGGUGCAGGUUCACAAGAACAGCCGAGUUCAGAACCAGCUGUAUACACAGGCGUUCCUGGAGCAGGCAAAAUAUCGACCAAGAAGCGCAAUGCUCGACGUAGAGUCGCGGCCAAGCACAAGGCGGCCCAAUCUCAGUCUGCAGAAAGCCCCAUCCUGGGCACAACGACGGACUCAAAUGUAUCCGUUUCAGUUGUUCCAGACUCUUCAACAAAGACCACUGAAAAGAGCAAGGCAGAAAUUGAAAAAGAGCUUUUUGAGGCCAAGCGAAAAGCUCUCCUCGAAGCCCUCGCCAGCGGUGGUGUUGAGGUCGGUCCUAGUGGUGAAUCCACUCUUGAUAGCUCUCAGGUCAGCCAGAAGCGAAAACGAGACGAAGCUACUCCUGCAAAACUUGAUCAGACAUCGCAGCAACCCUCGAGCACAGUGACUGGAGGAAAUACCGUCAAUGCCGAGGAAGAAUCACCAUCUUCCACGCAAAAGCGACGCCGUCUAGAUCUUGGGGCAGGUCGACGAAUGUUAUUCGGCGCACUCGGCCUACGGAAUCCCAAGAGCAAGGAUGACGAAGAAAAGCUACGGGAUAAGCUCAUGAAAGACGUCAAACCAUUGCAAAACGCUCGAUUAGUUGCCGACGGACUGGAGACCAAAAAGCCUGAGGCAGAGAAGCCUAAGGAGUCCGCCGACGUUGAUGAAAAUGCUUGGCGAGAAAAGAUCACCUACCGCGCUGUAGAAUGUUGCCAGGAGGGAGUUGAGCUGAGCGAACCACCUUUCCCUUUUGUGCAGCGCUGGGAUCCGCAACAACAGAAUGCCUGGUUUCAAAAGAACAACAAGCGUGGGGGGAAAGGAAAGAAGGCUGAACGCAACCAGUCUCACUUUUACCAACAAGAUGAUAGCCGCUCAAGGUCCCACGACGAAUCCCACGAUUGGGUAGAGAACUAUCAGGACACAACCUUUAACAGCGCACAGCAGCUCGAUGAUGUUCCCAUGGAGCUCAACUAUGAUGAUGUGGAGGAGCCUGAUGUGAGCAAAAACGUGGAUGAGACCACGCGCCUGACCGACAUUGAUGAUCUACCGUCACUACCCAAGAACCUGGAUGAUCUGCUGCCGCUCCGUCCUGGCGAGGCCCAGAAUGGCAUGGUCAUAACAUGGAAACAAUUCAUUCUUUCCAAGGCCACCAAUUGGCAACCUCAGGUGCUCAGCUUGACCGGCGUCAUCUGUAGGAUCGAUGAUGACGCAACGGGCUUAGAGGUCAUGCUGGCUAAACGCGACCGAGAACUGGAACAAACAGAGAAACAAUACGACGAUCUGACAGGUCAACGCGUAUAUGAUAAGUUCGACGCGCCUGAUACAGAAGAUGAAGCAGAAGAUGAGGAGACGAGACGAAUGAACGAAGGCUAUCGUACGCUCAGUUUUUCCGCCAUCAUGGAGCCCCGAGUCUUGCAGCCGGCCAUACCCCUAGAAGAAGCUAGUCAAGAGCCUACAAUCCCGUCAAUCGAGGACGAGCCCACAGAACCCGUAGUGCCCAAGGAAAUUUCCACCCACGCCGAGGUCACUGAUGAAACUACAAGCCAACCAGAGGAAGUCACUGCUGAUGUGGAUUGUACUACCGACUUGAAAGACACGACUUUUGAAGGCUUCGAUGACACGGUGCCCCCAGAAGAAGAAUCCUGCUCAGAUGCUAGCGAGAACAAAGUGAAGACUCCCGUCGCUGCCGUCACAAAUGGACUCGACCAAGAGUCCGAAGCAUUGGUAGAAGGUACUGCACAAGAUCCCUCCCUCCAAGAUUCGGAAAAAGCCCGGUCGCCAGCCGAGAAAUCAGUAUCUGACCUUUCACAGGUCAGUAGCCCUUCACGCCAAUUGCACGACGAAACGACAAGCAUGCUAUAUGGCUUGUCGGCUGGCGACGAGCAGUCCUUGGGGCCCUCUUGUGACAUUCCUUCCACGCCAUCGGCAUCAGCACCAAAUGUGGACAUGAUGGUCUCUGACCCGGUUCACGACCAGGAUGAAACAUCAAUCCAAAUUCACGAGACCGAUGUCAUUAUGGGGACGCCGAGAUUUACAUACCCCAGACCUGAAGCGCCUCCAUCGUCUACAAGCAGCGUUCACAGUGGAAGGCAACUUGAUCUAUCCAUGGACUUGGGCGUUGAUCAGCCACUGUCGUUCCGAGCCAUGACUGAUGACUCUGCGGAGAUGAACGAUGUUGACGCUCCUGCUGCGACAGGAGAUAGUCAAGCAAACAGCAAUCAUGACGAGGAAACAACGCCAGUCCCCCCUUCACCACAAAAGGGUAAGGAUUUUGAUACUCCAAAAAAAUCGACGCCACGAAUGAAAGAAAGUCCGUCGAAUAAGGACGUGGCGGACUCGAAUGCCUCUACUCCUUGUUCGCUCGCCUCUUUGGGCACAGUCUGGUGUACAGCAGUCUCAUCUCGCCAGACGCAGAGUCCCUCAAAAUCGCAACUUCUCUCUAUUUUGAGAUCCCAAAAGUCUCAGCGGGCCAGUGAACGCGACUUAGAGUAUGAAGCGGCCAUGCGAAAACUUGACGGUUUCUCUGAUGACGAUGACGAGGAUGAAACUUCACAAAGUGUCAGCAAGAUAAGCGACAGCUUCGCGUCCAAGUCAUCCAAACUACCCGUGACAUCUUCUUCCUUUAGCGCCGCCGUGAACAACGAUUGGAACAUGGGGAACGACCCUGAAUCUGAUCGGCUGUCCCCGCUACCAACUCACGCCCGGACGGAUGUUGCAAUCUCCCCUCCGCCCACUUCUCGUCGUCGAGCUCCUGUUCAAGAAUAUCCGAUCCCCUCAUCAUCUUCACCACCACCUCGUAUCAAGCAACGAGUCUCCCCUCCUCCUGUUGGGGCAAGGAGAAAGUCGGAAAGAGUUUCCUCUUCGAGGUUCUCCCUUCCACCCGGCACGCAAGUUUUAGAAAUCAGCUCUGAUAGCGACGAGCCGAAGUUUACUGAACAUUAUGCCGACGAUGACAAGGACGAUACCUACUCUCCGGCCAACGACCUGGCCAAGGACGAUUUUUCUCCUGCCAGUCUACCAAGAGGAUCGGGUUGGGUCAAGAAAACCCGCCUUCCGAAAAGUUCUUCGGCUCCAGUGGCUUCUCAAAAGAAGGCCGCAAAAGUGAGCAGGGCAGCUAGUGCCUCGCAGAGCUCAUAUGGAUCUCAACUCAAGAGAAUGGAGAGUGCGGCUGCUGCCAUGAAGAGGUUGAACAAGGGGCGCAAAUCAAGUGCAAAGUUCUAG